GUCGUAACAACUUAGAAACUGAUAAGCAGUUGUGCCUUCAAACCAUUGUAAAUAGCUCAAACCAAUUGAAUUUUGAAACAGUUUAAGCGUAGCGCUGACCGUUAACACAUCACAGUCAGUCAACAGUGUGCGAAAACAUGGUUGCAUUUCGAGGUGCCAAAAAGGAGGAGAAGAAUGUCGAGGUGACAAACAUAUACGAGGACAAAAAGAUCUUUCCCGACUUUCGCAGUGGACCUUUGGACGAGUAUCGCGAUAAGGCGAGUUUCUGUUACAAGCGCCUGAAUGUACUGCUCGAGGGUGAAGAGCACAUACGUCUUAAGCACAAAGUUUGGCAGUGGAUGGAAAAACAUCCAGAUUUCCAGCGUGAACCGGAAGCACCAAAUCUAGAGCGUACUCGAGAGGUGGCCAACAAGCGUCAUCAUUUGCUGUGGGAACAGAAAUUCUUCGACAUCGAUCAAUUUCUCUCAACGCCCCAUCUGAUAUUAGCCUUUAGCCAGGCCAUCUUCAGCUAUGACUUUAGUUUUUCAGUCAAGUUCUCGCUAUCCAAUGGCAUGUUUCCCAGCACCUUGGUCUCAAACGGAUCGGAGCGUCUGGGCAAAUAUGUGGCCAAAAUAUCCGAUGAUCGUAUUUUGGGUGCUUUUGCUUUAACCGAGAUCUCCCAUGGCACAAAUGCAAAUGGCAUGCGCACCACUGCAACUUAUGACAACAAAACGCAGGAGUUUAUCAUACACACACCAGACUUUGAGGCCGCCAAGUGCUGGGUGGGUAAUCUCGGUAAGACUUGCACCCAUGCCAUUGUCUAUGCCCAGCUGUAUGUGCCUGAUGGCAAGCAUCAGGGAUUGAAUGCAUUCCUGGUGCCAAUACGCGAUGAACGUACACUGCUGGCUUUCCCUGGCGUUACCGUUGGCGAUUUGGGCGAGAAAAUUGGCCUUAAUGGCAUUGACAAUGGCUUUGUGAUGUUCAAUAAUUAUCGCAUCCCGAAAGCCAAUCUGCUGUCCAAGACGGGCGAUAUUGAUGCCCAGGGUAAUUACAACACAACCAUUAAGGAUGAGCGCAAACGACUGGGAGCUUCCUUAGGUGCUCUGUCAGCUGGCCGCGUUAAUAUUACAGCCAUCACCUAUGUGGCACUGAGCAAGGCCGUUAGCAUUGCCACACGUUACUCGGCCAGCCGACGACAGUUUGGACCCACUGACAGUAAGCUGGAGUGGCCAGUGAUUGAGUAUCAGUCGCAGCAGUAUCGCCUUUUGCCACAUUUGGCCAACGCAAUUGCGAUGCGCGUGGCAACAUUGUGGAUUGGUAAUGCUAACAUGGAUAUGACUCUAAAGAAUUUGAUGGGUGAGGAUACGUCAAAGGUGGGCAUGGAAAUACAUGCAAUUUCAUCAGCACUCAAGCCUUGCACCACCUGGGCGGCUCGCGAUGGCAUUCAGGAGUGCCGUGAAGCAUGCGGCGGUCAUGGAUAUCUAAGAGCAGCUGGUUUGGGUGAUUUAAGGAACGACAACGAUGCCAACUGCACAUACGAGGGCGAGAAUAAUACACUCAUUCAACAGGCGUCCAAUUGGCUCGUUAACUUGCGUCGCAACAAUGGCAACUUUGUGGAUGCUUCGCCUUUGCAAACAGUCUCCUUCCUCAGUGAUAUGAACGUGCUGCUCCAGCAACAAGCCCAGGAACGUAACGCUGCCCAGGCUCUGGAUCCACACAAUUUGCUAAAGGCUCUGGAUUGGCUAACCGCUUGGCAACUGGAUGCGACAGUCAAACGCUUCGAACAGUUGCAAUUCGCCGGAAAGGAUGCAUUUGAGACACGCAACAAUCUUCAGGUGUUUGCGGCCCAAAAACUUUCAAUUAUCUAUGCGGAGCGCACCAUUUACUAUGUAUUCUACAAAUUUGUAACCGGUUUGCCAGCCUCGGCUGAGCAGCAGGUGCUGCUUAAGUUGCUGUCAUUCCAUGGCGCCAAUUUGAUAACUAAAUACUCCUCGUUGUUCUAUCAGGGCGGCUAUUUCCGCAAUAAUUCGCACAUUGAACUGUAUCAGCAGAGCAUUCUUGAGCUGCUUCCAGUGCUGAAGAAUGAGGCAAUUGGCCUUGUCGAUGCUAUUGCACCUCCAGACUUUAUUCUUAACUCUCCACUGGGAAUGAGUGAUGGCAAUAUCUAUCAGCAUUUGCAGCGCACUAUUGUGUCCACUCCAGGUGUUUAUGAGCGUCCCUAUUGGUGGCGUGAUGUCACCUAUAAGAACUAUCUGCAGCGCGCCAAGUUGUAAGAUUAUUAAGGCACACUAAAAGGCUAGUAAAAUAAGUCUUAUGUACUAAUGCUUAUUAUUAAGUUUUAUCAGCUGAGUGCCUUUAAAAUGUCCAUAUAUAAAUACAUAUGAUCUUGAAGUUCUGUUUCAAAACAGACGUUGUACUUAUAAUAGCUUCUUAUAAUGCGUGAUAUAAUUGUGCAAUAUAUGUUGAACAUAUCUUAUACAUAUUCCAGCUUCGCUAAACAAUAAAAAACUCUUCUUGUACCUACAAAU